GAGAGGGGUGGGGAAGAAGUGACUUGUGGGAUGCGGCAAGAGAGAGAGGGAGAGAGAGUGUAUGUGACUGACACAGAGUGAAACAACAGCGAGGCGAGCGGGAAAGAGAAGGAGCAGAGCAAUAAAAUAAAUCGUUUGCCGUUAAUUUAGCGCCUGACAUUCAGGUUUGCGCAGACAAACGGCGGAAGAAAAAGUUCAGAUCCCACUAACCAGCGCGUGGGAGUGGGAAGCAGGAUCGUGACUGACUGAGACAAGCUCCACUGUCUGUCUCGUCAUGGCAGGACCUGGAGGUGACAUGCAGUGGUGCUUCUCUCAGGUGAAAGGAGCCAUCGAUGAUGACGUAGCUGAAGCGGACAUCAUAUCAACAGUGGAGUUUAACCACACAGGGGAGCUGCUAGCCACAGGAGACAAGGGUGGCCGUGUAGUCAUCUUCCAGCAGGAAAUAGAGAAUAAGAAUCAGCCUCAGUUCCGGAGCGAAUACAACGUUUACAGCACUUUCCAGAGCCAUGAGCCAGAGUUUGACUACUUGAAGAGUUUGGAAAUAGAAGAAAAGAUCAACAAGAUUCGUUGGCUUCCUCAGAAGAAUGCUGCUCAGUUCCUGUUGUCAACUAACGAUAAGACAAUCAAGUUGUGGAAAAUCAGUGAACGAGACAAGAGACCAGAGGGUUAUAAUCUCAAAGAGGAGGAUGGACGCUACAAAGACCCCAACGCUAUCACGGGACUGCGGGUACCGGUUUUAAUACCCAUGGACCUCAUGGUGGAAGCCAGUCCUCGGAGGGUGUUCGCCAACGCUCACACCUACCAUAUCAACUCUAUCUCGGUCAACAGUGACGAGGAGACUUACCUGUCUGCAGACGACCUCCGCAUCAACCUCUGGAACCUCGAGAUCACAGACCGCAGCUUCAACAUUGUUGACAUCAAACCGGCCAACAUGGAGGAGCUGACGGAGGUGAUCACAGCUGCGGAGUUCCAUCCUCUCCAGUGCAACACCUUCGUCUACAGCAGCAGCAAAGGAACCAUCCGUCUGUGUGACAUGAGGGCGUCAGCGCUGUGCGACAAGCACUCCAAGUUAUUUGAGGAGCCGGAAGAUCCCAGCAAUCGUUCCUUCUUCUCCGAGAUCAUAUCCUCCAUCUCGGAUGUAAAGUUCAGCCACAACGGACGCUACAUGAUGACCAGAGACUACUUGUCCGUUAAGAUCUGGGAUCUGAACAUGGAGAGCAGGCCGGUGGAGACCUAUCAGGUCCAUGAGUACCUGAGGAGCAAGCUGUGCUCGCUGUACGAGAAUGACUGCAUCUUUGACAAGUUUGAGUGCUGCUGGAAUGGCAAUGACAGUGUGGUGAUGACCGGCUCGUACAACAACUUCUUCCGGAUGUUCGACCGCGGCCAGCGGCGGGAUGUGACCUUGGAGGCCUCGCGAGAAAACAGCAAGCCCAUGCAGGUCCUAAAGCCCCGCAAAGUGUGCGCGGGCGGCAAGCGCAAGAAGGACGAAAUCAGCGUGGACAGUUUGGACUUCAACAAGAAGAUCCUUCACACUGCCUGGCACCCCCAGGACAACAUCAUCGCAGUGGCGACGACCAACAACCUCUACAUAUUCCAGGACAAAGUGAACUAACGACGCGGUGAGCUGAACGUGAGAUCUUGCGCGGGUAACGUCAUGUGUACCCCCACCCCUCCCCCACCCCCCCACCCCCCACCCCUCCCAGCCUCAUCCAGGGUGAUCUGCUGUAACGUCAACAACCAGCAUCCCUGUCCGUCACUACUGGGUGACCAGACUUUGCCACUUUGUUCUAGAUGUGGACAGAGGAAGCCUCGCUCUUGCCCAUCAUCAGCCUGUUCGUGGCAGAGUAACACCUGCCUUGUUGUUUAAGUGAUGUUGUGCCAAUUUCCCCCCCCCCCCCCCCCCCCCCCCUUUGGUAUGGCUUUUUUUGGGGCCAGCCCACCUGCCCUUUUCUUCCCCUGGGGUAACAUGGGUAAACAAGUUUAAGUUCCUUAAAAUUCUGAAUACAGACACCUUUAUUUUUAUAACUUUCCCCCCAUGGCCCUGUGGUAGAAAAUGAAAAACACUUAAUUAGUAUGUCUCCUUCUUGUCCUGUGCCAUUGUAGUGUUUAUUUUUCUAAGAAAAAAGAUGCCACUUUUUUUUUUUUUUUUUGUAUACAUCUUUUUAUUAAUUCAUCUGUUGUACUGUCAUAGUAUUCUUUAAGUCUCUUCACAUGUCUCCCCUCAUUCAUUAAACCAUGCGUACUCAACAGUCACAGUCCCUGACUCACUCGCCGCUCUCACUGAUGGGACAGCGACACCUCAGCGGUGGCCACCGGGAGUCUGAGAAGCACAGUGCACUCAUCCGUAUUCACUGAUUGAGGAGUCCUCCCGCUCACCGCUGCUGUGCCUCGGGCUCUGGGUUGGUCAAAUAGGUCCAGACUCAAGAAGACACUUUUUUUUCUUUUUCUUUUUGAAUUGGCUCUGUGUCUCGUCAUCUUCGUGCAUUGGUUCCUCUUCCUCCUUUUGUUUGUGUUCGACAAUAGUCAGGUAUAAGAGAUGGCCUAUUCAAAGAUAAUUAUUAUGAUUGUCAUAUUUAUAUUAAAGAGAAAAAAAAGUUAAAAUGUCACCAGAUUUGUUCCGUCCCAUUUUGUGAAAUGAAACUGGACCGUACACGUGUUUUUGAGUGAUCUUGAGUAUUGUCUUCCCAUGGUGCACCACAGCUCCGAAGCAGUACUUCGCGACAGGGAAAACCUUUUGAUUUGACACUGGACUCUUGCUGCACCAAUUUAAGUACUUGGAUGUGUUGGAAAAUUUAAAAGAAAACAUUUGAGGCAUUAAGUCACUUAAAAGUGUUUGUUUAAACUACUGCAGACGUUAUUACUGCUACUGUGUGUACUGGUACAAGAAGUUGCACAUGGAUUUGCAGCAGUUGAUGUCUCCACACGUAUUUAAAAUGUGGACAGGUCAGACUAUGAUGAUGCCUCUACUAAUGUAUAACUACAAUUUUAAACUAUGACAGUGAAGAUAAUAAAGGAACUACUUUUUG